AUGAUCAUGAAGAGCUUUGAACACCAAACUGAGGAACCCCGCAAGAGCUUCAAUUCCAUGUUCUCGGGCCGCUUGUCCCGGAAGUCAGCCUCAAGCGCAGACGACAGGGACGGUACCAUGGCGGACGGCGAGGAGUACCGGAACCCCACGGAGGUGCAGAUGAGUCAGCUGGUGCUGCCCUGCCACACCAACCAUCGCGGCGAGCUGAGCGUCGGGCAGCUGCUCAAGUGGAUCGACACCACAGCCUGCCUGUCUGCGGAAAGGCAUGCCGGCUGCCCCUGUGUCACAGCCUCGAUGGACGACAUCUAUUUUGAGCACACCAUUAGUGUUGGUCAAGUGGUGAAUAUCAAGGCCAAGGUGAACCGGGCCUUCAACAGCAGCAUGGAGGUAGGCAUCCAGGUGGCUUCUGAGGACCUGUGCUCCGAGAAGCAGUGGAGUGUGUGCAAGGCCCUGGCCACCUUUGUGGCCCACCGGGAGCUCUCCAAGGUGAAGCUGAAGCAGACGACGCCUCGGACAGAGGAGGAGAAGACCGAGCACAGCGUGGCAGCUGAGCGCCGGCGCAUGCGGCUGGUCUACGCGGACACCAUCAAGGACCUGCUGGCCAACUUCACCAUUAAAGAUGAUCUGGAGAGCAGGGACUGUAGCAACAUGGUGCCCGCUGAGAAGACCCGUGUGGAGAGUGUGGAGCUGGUCCUGCCCCCCCAUGCCAAUCACCAGGGCAACACCUUCGGGGGCCAGAUCAUGGCCUGGAUGGAGAACGUGGCCACCAUUGCUGCCAGCCGCCUGUGUCGUGGUCACCCAACAUUGAAGGCCAUCGAGAUGUUCCACUUCCGGGGCCCAUCCCAGGUUGGGGAUCGCCUGGUGCUCAAGGCCAUCGUGAACAAUGCCUUCAAGCAUAGCAUGGAGGUGGGUGUGUGCGUGGAGGCCUACCGCCAGGGGGACGAGCACCAGCGGCGACACAUCAACAGUGCCUUCAUGACCUUCGUGGUCCUGGACGCAGAUGAUCAACCCCAGACGCUGCCAUGGAUUCGGCCCCAGCCCGGGGAUGGUGAGCGGAGGUACCGAGAGGCCAGCGCCAGGAAGAAGAUCCGCCUGGACAGGAAGUACAUCGUGUCCUGUAAACAGUCAGAGAUGCCCCUGUCUGUCCCCUGGGACCCCAGCAACCAGGUGUACCUGAGCUACAACAACGUCUCCUCCCUGAAGAUGCUUGUGGCCAAGGACAACUGGACAUUGUCCUCAGAAAUCAAUCAAGUGCGUCUGUAUAUCCUGGAAGAUGACAAGUUCCUCUCCUUCCACGUGGAGAUGGUGGUGCAUGUGGAAGCAGCCCAGGCCUUCCAGCUGCUCUCGGACCUGCGCCAGAGGCCUGAAUGGGACAAGCACUACCGGAGCGUGGAACUCGUGCAGCAGGUAGACGAGGAUGAUGUCAUCUAUCAUGUCAUCAGCUCCACCCUCCACAGUGAUGCCAAGCCCCAGGACUUUGUGAUCCUGGCCUCGAGGCGCAGACCCUGUGACCAUGGGGACCCAUAUGUCAUUGCUCUGAGGUCAGUCACACUGCCCACGCACCGCGAGACGCCGGACUACAAGCGUGGGGAGACCCUCUGCUCAGGCUUCUGCCUCUGGGACGAGGGAGACCAGCUGACCAAGGUCUCCUACUACAACCAGGCCACCACGGGCUUUCUCAACUACCUGACCACCAAUGUGGCCGGCCUCUCCUCUGAGUUCUACACCACCUUCAAGGCUUGCGAGCAGUUCCUCUUGAACAACCGCAGCAACAAUGACCUGGCCCCCAGUCUCCAGCCCCUCUAGGGAACUCAGGGCCCGUUUACUUCCAUCUCAUCCCAAGGACAAAUGUGCAAAGCAUGGACGAAG